CCCGCCCCAGCUGAAGGUGCCAAGUCUAACCCGUCCAAACGCCACCGGGACAGUCUGAACUCUGAGCUGGACCGGCUCGCCAGCCUUCUGCCGUUCCCUGAAGAUGUCAUCUCCAGCCUGGACAAGCUGUCCAUCCUGAGGCUCAGUGUCAGCUUCCUCCGCACCAAGAGCUUCUUCUCAGACGGCGAGCCGAAGACGACCUCCACCUGCCUGGUGAGCUACAACCCAGACCAGCUUCCGCCUGAGAACUCAUCCUUCCUGGAGAGAGGCUUCGUCUGCCGCUUCCGCUGCCCGUUGGACAACUUCUCUGGUUUCCUGGCGCUGAAUAUCCAGGGUCGACUCAAGUUCCUCCACGGUCGGAACCGCCAGCAAAGCGCAGCAAAGCUCCCUUCCAAGCCCUCCUGUUUUUAUCAGAGUCUGCCGGGAGGCGGAUCUAUGCCGGGGAUGACGACCAUACCCAAACCCGAUGAGGCAGCGCUGUCCUUCCAAAUGAACGCAGGUCUCAACCCUGACGGCCCGCUCGGGCAACAACAGCAGUACUUAAACUUCAGUGAACAGACAGGUAAAAAGACAGGCGACUCACGAGCACUUCAUACGUCGAGGAGGACAAACAAUCAGGAAGUAGUGUUUCACCGUUAGUGUCUUUAUAGUUUCAAACUUAGAGACAUUAUCAGGAUUCUGGAGAUUGAUGCAACUUCUCAGACUUACCCGUUUUUUGGGUUGAAGCUCAGCUAAAGUAAACUUUAAGAAGAAACUUUCACACAUCAGCUUCUUGUUUUGUUUUCUAAAGUCAUGAAAAUGAUUCCUCUCCGUGUCAGAUCUUACCUGUCGUGUACCUACUCAGAGAACAAAUAAAAACCAGCCGCUUUGACUCUCUGACAGCAGAGGAUCCAAACUCAGACUGAAAGAGCAGCUUUAGGAAGCGAAAUGACUCCCGCCUCUAAAAAAUAAAAAGGAGUGGAGCAGACUGAAGAACGGAAAUGUGCGCCCGAGAAGGACGGGGAGACGAAGCAGGACAUCUCUACUCCUCUUUUCUUUUUUUUAUUUCAGAGCAACAGAGAAAGCUUUGAGAGUUAAAGUGUGAGUCCAGGACGACGGGUCGGGGAGAGGAGAGGAAGAAAGUUGUCAAAGGAAAGUUGGAUGCUGUCGGUGGAGCAGGACAGAUUUUUACCAAACAAAGACGUAAAAAAGAAGAGAUCUGUUGCAGAGACGUCUGAGAAAUCAAUGAUUUUCUACGUCUGCUGGUGGAUGAGGAUUGUGGAAUGACACACAGCACAUAUUUCCUAUUAUUGCAUUAAGUGCAUUGGAUUAUUAAGCCUCCAAAUAAUGAGUCAUUGUCUUUAUGUCUAAAUCCUCAAACUCUUUUCUUGUAAAACCAAAAUGUUUAAGUGUCAGAGUUUUACAUUUUCUCUGGCAUGCAGAAAUCAACAUUUAAAAACAGUAUGAGGGCAUCGACUGAAGGCGCCUCCGUCCUCACUAACAAACCCUGACGAGUAGCACUAACCUGAAAAUGAUGCUCUGCAGGCGUGUGGGCUUGAUCUGAUGCAGCGGCAGUCGGCAGGUUUCCAUCAAGUGUCCAAAAACUUGCAAGAAAGAUUUUAAAAAAUCUAAAUUAACUUUCCAUACGCGUCUGUUGUGAGAUGAUAAAGACUCACGUGAUGUUAGAAAUGAUUUGAAUGUUCAAAAAAGAGCCCGACAGUUUUUAAAAUGUUUGGUUUUACAAGAAAAAGAACAGAAGGAUGAGGACUGAGAGGAGGAUUUGGUCAUUAACCUUCAAUGAGAAACGAGGCUUUCAGCAAGAAACAGAAGAAAGAGUUUUCCACGAAAGUGAAGAGAAAGAAGCUCCUGUGAAUCCUCUGCCGUCUCCGAUGCACAAACACGCCACCUUACUCCUGAAACAUCUGCUUUCUGUUGUGAGCGCUCAGAAGGAUGAAAUAUAUCUUCUUCUUCUUUUUAUUUUGGCUGUUUUUGUCCUUUUAAAAAUGUGAUUUCAGUUCAUUUCAACUCUCUCCUGUCCCAGUGAGGGAGAUUAGCUUUGCAGACAGGCUGUAGAAAUCAAAGUGCACAGCAACAUCACAGCUUUGAGCGACUAACAGACAACUUUUACCGUUUCAACACGCGAUGCAAACCGCUGCUUCUUAGUGCCUCUUUUGAUAUGUUUUUAAAGCAUUCAGUCAUUGAACCAGUUUCUUCUCUUCUUCAAUAUCUCUUUGUUGUUUUCCUGUUGUAGGGAAGAAAAACACAGACGGUGCCUUAAACUGACUGUUUAAACUCUAAAGGGACAGUCUGCUGAAAUUUAAAUCAUUUCCAACGGUGAAUAUUAACAAACAGAAAGUGUCACUGCAUUAUGUAUUUGAUGUUAACCAAAGUUAAACUCGCCCUCGCCUUAUCUUCGCCAGCCAAUCAUUGAGAUUUUUUGCACUAUUCCUUUAAAGUGUUUGCCAAAGCAUUGUUAAAAGAGUGUAAUUCAUAAAUCUUUAAAAGCUUUUUAUCAGAUUCUUUAAAAAGUGUUUGAAACUCAAAUUUGCACAAACUGAGUUUAGUCCUUCAGAUCCUCUAGAUUUUUACACAUCGGAUCAAAAACUGAAUUUAUAGAUUACUGGUUUGAGCUCAGCUUGAAUUAGAAAUGUUUUUACUUUUUUUUAAUGGUAAUUAUUUUUUAAAAAGGACCCAGACGUCGAGUCUAUGCCUUUAAAAAAGUUUUUUUUAAAAAGAUCUGAUCAGGACACGCAAUCACCCGGAUGUUAAUGAGGCCUUUCUCGAGACACAGUGAACCCUGUCUUCAUAUUUUCCACAUCAAAUGUCCGUCCUCGUUCUCUUUUCUGUCUCUCUCUUCGAGGUUAAUUUAUCGACGUUCUUGCUCGGACCGGGAGCAUCAACGAUCGUCUGGCAGCGAAACACAGAAGUAAAACGGUUAAAGGCAGCUAAUGUAUAUUUGAAAUGAGGAAAAAAAUUGAAAACACUUCACGUUCACAAAAAAAAAACAAACAAGGGGUGGAAACUUCAAGUGCCUUCAAAUGAACCUCUAUGAUUGUCAAAAAGAACACAUACAGCACUUAGAUGGAAAAAGAACCCGCGAGAGGAAGCCUCAAACUGCAGGAAAUGUGCGUCGCUUCAUCCAGUACUGAGCCAUGACAUCUGAUUUUUGUUUUAUCAGCACUUCUGUACUUUAUUCUCUAGAAAAAGCAGCUUGUUUAGAGGCCGCAAAGCAUAAGAGUAGAAAGUUUGACCUGAAUACCAAAAAUAAUCAGCAAAACAAACUGUGAUGCUUUAAUUUACAGGAUACCAAAGGGAUGAGACGGAGUACAGAUCUUCAGCUAAGAGUUUACUGUGAUGGAAAUAAAAGAUCUCUGCACUUAAAACAGCAGGAAACAGACCAGGAUGAUUGUAGCUGUGGUUUUACCUAAAAGGUGACAUACUUACUGAAAUCGUGCUGCAUUCACGUCAUGUGGGAGGCGCUGUAAUUCACAGUUUCCAGCUUGUUCCAGCUCAAAGUUGAACCUGUUUGAUUUUUAGAAACACAACAUGAUGUGAACGCUGCAGAAGAAACAAGCUACACCUUUUAUUACAGCUGUUGAAAGGGAUUCUGGGAAAUGUAGUAAACCACUACCUGCAGUAGAGGUUAUAGAAGCAGGCUGAGAUUGAGUUUAUGAUUACUUUGGCUCAGUUUUUGGAUAAAAAACAAUCAGACUCUUGAAGUUUCAACAAAUGUAUUCUUAUUUUUUUAUUUAAGUUUCAUUAGAAACACAUUUCUUUACAGUUAAAGUAAAUGUUAGAUAAAAACAUUUUAGUGUGCAUUUUUGCAGCACAAAAUGAGGAUUGUAAAAAGAGAUUUUCUGUUAAAAUUUUCUUCAGAGAAAGCAAAAUGUUCCUCUUUUUCCAAACAGCACAGUGAAGCUUAAAGGUUCAGUGUUUGCAGAGUUUGUUAGUCUAAUGUUUCUUUUUUAAAUUGAGCCAAAGUGAUCACAAACAACAACACAAAACGUCGACGACUGGCUAAGAAGAUAUCUUUUAAAACUUGGUAAUGCUUUAGCAGGUUCUCAGACAGAAACAAACAAGCGUGCCUUGACAGCUGAUCCACCAAAGAUCAUCAAUCAGACCAAAGAUCCUCAGUUUUCAUCAUGCACACUCAGUACAAAAUGAAGCACUUAUUUUUCACCUUAUGAACCCAGAGUGCUUUCAUCAAAAUAUAAUAUAGAUACAUAAAUAUCUUGUAACUUGCUUCUAAAAUAAAAAUAAUAUUUGUACUUAUUAUACUUUUAUUUUUCAAACCCCAGGAAGCCAAGGCUCCAAAUUGCAGUAUCUUUGUGUACCUGUAUAUAAAUAUAUAUAUUUGUUUUCUUUUUCAUAUUCUGUGUAUUUUAAUGUCAUUUUGCCUUAACUUUAAUCACGCCUAUAAUUUUUUUGUACAUUUUCUGCACAGCAUAUUCAUAUGUAACCUCUCGUUACGUUUUUUUUUGUAACUCUCCAUUUUAUCAUAUUUUGUGGAUUUUGACGUCAAUAUUUUGCCUCUAACAGUGUAUGACUGUUUGAGUCAAUCCUUUAAUUCUGACCAUAUUAAAGGUGAUUUGAUCACACAA